AUGAUCACGACAUCUGAAGAAUAUUAUGCAUCUGCAAAAGGGCCAUUAUCAAUGUUGGGAAAAUGCCGAUUUUGGGUUGACUCCAUAUUAAAGAAAAACUUUGGUAAAAUGAUACGAGUCUCUGGACAUUCUCCACAACAUGUAGCUUUUAUUAUGGAUGGCAAUAGAAGAUAUGCCAAAAAAAAGAAUAUGCAGAUUAAGCAAGGUCAUGAAAAUGGGUUUCUAAGCUUGUGCCAAAUUCUAGAGCUUUGUUAUGAGUCAGGUGUUAAAACCGUGACUGUUUUUGCGUUUUCUAUAGAAAAUUUCAAAAGAACAAAAUAUGAAGUCAAUGCACUGAUGGAGUUAUUUAAAAAAAGGAUAGAUCAAGUAAUAGCCAAUGGUGAUAUAUGUUCCCAAUACGGCAUCAAAUUUAGAACGCUUGGUGAUAGGUCUUUGAUACCAUCUGAUGUUAUGGUUAAAAUACUAGAAGCUGAAAAACUAACUGAAAAUAAUACUAGAGCCUGUCUAAAUUUGUGCUUCCCUUAUACCGGUAGACAAGAAAUUUACCAUUCUAUAAAGGAAACGAUAAGAGAUUCUCUUAAUAAUAAAAUAACAAUUAACGAACAAACUAUCGAUGGGAAUUUGUAUACAAAAGAUGAUCCACCCCUAGAUUUACUUAUCCGUACCAGUGGUGUUUCCAGAUUAAGUGAUUUUUUACUUUGGCAAGUUGAUAAAAAAGGCGUUACAAUAGAGUUACUUGAUUGUUUAUGGCCAGAAUUUACUCCAUGGAAUAUGGCUUGUAUUUUAUUAAAAUUUGCAUAUAAAAAGACAAUAUUAUCGGAAGAAGAGGAAGAAGAAGAGGAAGAGGAAGAGGAAGAAGAGGAGGAAGAGGAAGAGGAAGAGGAAGAGGAGGAAGAAGAGGAAGGAGAUGAAAAGGAAGAGGAGAAGCAAGAGGAGGAAGAGGAGGAAGAAAAAGAAAAAGAAGAAGAAAAAGAAAAAGAUGCUAAUGCCGUUAGCAAUGAACGUUUAGAUAAAAAUUGA